AUCGCGCUAUCGAGGCUCGACGUACAUGCGCAUGCGAUUUUUCUGCAAAGAGAGAGAGAGAGCGAAGUAUCGCUCGCCAAAUUAUAUUGACUAGUUUUUGUUGUUGUUGGUGGUUCUUUUGAAGUUGUGAACUCUAGCGUGUAUGUGUGUGUGUGUUGAUAUACCGAAAACCAUCGGCUAGAUCGGCGGUUACGUAUAUACCUCGCGUGCGAGUUUUCCGCAGGACCAAUCGAAUAUAUCCUUCAAAUGGGAUUUCUCAAACGGGACGACGCGAGCACAUGCUCGGAAGAAUCGGCCGGUGACAUCUUUAAAAGUAUUCCGAAGGGCAGAACUGCGUUUUGCAUUUGGAAAAUAGAGCCGACAAAAACAAUCUCGCUCGGGCGAGCGAAGCUAGGCACCUUUCUCACGGACUCUGCCUACCUGAUUUACGCGGUCUCGGCCAAGGAUGGCCCUCUACCGUACCCCGGAAUGCUCGCGAAAGAACUAAAAGACUGUCAGUCACUGCGAGCCAUACACUUUUGGGUAGGCGAAGAAUGCGAAGCAGACACCAGCGGUGCGGCUGCCUUGCGCGCCGUCGAGCUAGACUCUCAGUUGGCCUGCGCCGUAAAUAACAACAACAAUAACGAUCGGUCGGCGCAGUCCACCGCCGCCGACGGAGCUCAUCUGCUGAUGCGAGAGGCGCAAGGUCGAGAGAGUCCGCGCUUUCUCGGCUACUUCAGGCAUCGCGAGUUCCUGGCCAUCGAGUUUCCGUCGCGCGACGGCUCCGAUGGUGCUACGUGCAGUAGACUUCAUCAAGUCUCCGGGACAUCGAUCGCUGUGUUAACGGAGCUUCGGCCGGUCGAUUGGGCCAGUUUUUCGAGUCACGAUGUUAUUUUACUCGAUGUGCCGAGCAGAUCGGUGAUUUUUCUAUGGCUGGGUUCGACCUGUGAACCGCUGCACAAGAGGCACGCCGCGCGAUUGCUCGACGAGUUGCUGAAGCUAAAGCAGCCAAAUCAACCACGCGUCUUUGUCCUCGAAGACGGCUAUGAACAGACCCUGCAAGUUGAGGCGCGCCGCGUUUUCGACGAGGUUCUCGAACCCGCAAGGCGCUACGUCUCGCCCGAGCCCAUACAGCAGAAAGCCCUGCCUUCGGCGAGCCUGAAGCUGUACAAGUGCAGCGACCAGGUCGGCAAGUACAAGGUCGCGGAGGUCAAGAGCGGCCCGGUGUCGCGCAGCGAGCUCGAGUCCGACUCGGUGUUUCUGCUGGAGCGCGGCGAGGCCGGCGUCUGGGCUUGGGUGGGCCGACUGGCCAAGCCCAAGGAGCGCCUCGAGGCGGUGCGCAACGCCCGAGGCUUCGUCAAGAAGAAGGGCUACAGGCCGAGCGUGCCCGUGGCCAGAGCCCUCGAGGGCCACGAGCCCACGGAGCUGCGCUCCUGGUUAAGAAUGCAGCAGCAGAGCAGCAGCAGCAGCAGUAACGACAAAUCCGUAAGGACGAAUCAACAAAGACGCAGACCGCUGGUGCUGCCGGCGAGCUUCGAUCCGGACUACAUGGCCGAACGCCCGAGGAUGGCCGCUGAGUGUCAGCUGGUCGACGACGGCACGUCCCAAGAGCGAAGCCUUUGGGUCGCCGAGGGCAAGACCGGACUGGGUCUGGUCGCCCACGAUCGGGCCAUUUUUUACGCCGAGUCGUGCUACGUGCUCCGAUACAAGUACGGAUACGGCAGGCGCGCCAGAACCAUAAUUUACUGCUGGGAGGGAGCACAGUCGAGCUGCACAGAUCGGGAGGCUGCCCUGGAAGCUGCCUGUCUGCUGGCCGAACAGGACUCGGCCCAGUUGGUCAGGACGGCCCAAGGCCAAGAGCCGGCCCAUCUGUUGCAGAUCUUCGCCGGCAAGCUCAUCAUUCUAUCCGGACAUCGUAGCAACAAUCCUCCGAAAAAGUAUCUGGUGCGCGUGUACGGCUCGACGCCCUACACGUCCAAGGCCGUGGAGCGGCCACUGCGCGCGAGCAGCCUCGAUUCCAGCGGCGUCUUCAUCCUCUUCUCGGCGAGCUUCGGCGGGGGAGGCGGGGGUGGCUGCGUCUGGUGCGGCUCGCGCAGCACCGGCGACGCUCGCGAGGCCUCGCGCCGCCUCGCCCCGGCCAAUGCCCCGCUGGUGCGCGAGGGCAGCGAGGAGCCCGAGUUCUGGGCCCAGCUGGGCGGCGGCGGCGGCACCAACACCUCGCCCGGUGGCACCGGCAUGACGAUGGACUGCCUCGAGUACCAGGAGGAGCCCGAACUGGAGCCGCAUCUCUAUCAUCUGCGAGUGGAGAAGGACGUGUUCGUCGGCGAGGAGAUACUGGGCUUCGGCCAAGCCCAGCUGCUGCCCGAAGCCGCCUGGCUGCUCGAGGCGGCCAACUGCGUCUGGGUCUGGAUUGGCGAUUACGCGGCCCCCAAGCCCCUCAAGGAGUACGUCGAAGAGGCCAAGAUCUAUCUCUACACGCAUCCGGCCGCUCGGGAUCGCAAUACCGUCAUUUCCGUCGUGAGGCAAGGCCUGGAGCCGCCGACUUUCAUUGGACUCUUCGACAAUUGGAAUCACAAUCUGCUGAGGGACUACAGAUCGUUCGAGUCGCUUCAAUCGAAUUACCAGGAACAAGACCCAACGAUCGUCAACGACAUAAUGUCGAUCAAGCUCGAGUCCGACUUCAGCAAUUACGUCAAGUACCCGAUGAAGAUUUUGAAGAGCGACCCCGACAAGCUGCCCGCCGGCGUCGACGUGUCGAGAAAGGAGAUGCACCUGACCUUCGACGACUUCAGAGCCGUCUUUAAGAUGGAGCCAACGGAAUUCGAGAAAUUGCCGGCUUGGCGCAGACAGCGUCUCAAACAGACUGCUGGGCUUUUUUAAAACGAAAACGAGAAACUUAAUUUGUCCACUACGUUGUGAUUGUAUCAAGUCUUGUAGAGAAUGAUGAA